AUGGCAGUUGCUUUUGGCCAUCAAAGUACUGAUAUUUCGUUAGGUAGUGAAACAGUUGAAAAUGUUACUACGAUUAGAGGAGAUAAAGCAAUCACGGAAUCAACGAUAGAAAGAAUUAUCCAAAUUCUGGAAGAAGUUCCAGGCAUUGCAGGGAAACUUGAUUUCCUAAAAGCACCGUAUGAUGCUCUUACCUGCGCUGCUGCUUAUCAAUUAUUUUGUGAAUUGCCUUUCGUGAUUAAAGUUCCUAAUGUGUUAAACAGAGAGCCUGAAGGUUUAACUUUAAUUGUUUGGAAAAGAUGGAUUGAUGUUACAGAUAAAACUACAACAGGUUUCUUAAGUGACGCUCAGCUAGCUGCUAUUAGGGCAGAAAGGGUUACCCGUAUUCCUAUCGCAACUGUAUCAGCCAAUGCUUGGGAAGCGAUGGAAAGGCAUAUUAAAAGUUUAAUAGGAAGCACAGAUCGAUCCAUUUCCUGGCGAAAUCAACGUGAUCUGCCACAGCCAAAGUAUUCGAAUAAUGAUAGCUGUUGUUGCUUUUGCACAAUUUCUUAAAUUUUUUUAUACACCAACAAGUAUUCAUCGUUCAGGACACCGAAACAUAGACCAAAGUGAUCAAAUGGUUUCAUCAACUUACUUAAGUAGAAUUGUAGGUGCUCUAGAGUACCUUACUGAUAAUAUAAAAUAUUGCUUAAUACCUCACUCGUGUCCAAUAGUAUUAUUAUCCAUGUACUUUCUACCAAGAAUAAUCUACUUGAUCCUCAUUGUAAAAUGGACAGCUUUUUCAUAGCUAUACUCUUACACCCUUUUAGCAUAAUCGCUGGUUAACGCAUUAGGCGAAAAUUAUAAAAACGCGCUUACUACAAUAUGUCGUUUUAAAAUUCAUUGUUUGUCAAUAAAUAUGUGAUUACU